AAUAUGUAUCUUCCUGAUCAGGGAUUCGAAUUGAUAGAAAUGGUUCUGACUCUUCAACAUUUGUGAGGUAUGUGUCACUUGUAUGCUUUGGCAUUUUUCACAUGAUGGUCUAUCGUUUUAGAUACCUAAGUCGAAAAUCAAAAGUUUUGCGGCGGCCGGUCUCAUACAAAGUUGGUAGGUCCUCUCGUGGAUCCUCUCUUAAUAGAUUUUAUUCAUUCUAUGAUUGAGAAAUUCAUAAUCGUCAAUUUCCAUAAAUAAAUAUUUGAAUGAUAAUAUGAAUUGAAGAUCAACUUGAUAUGAUCGUUUUCGUAGUUCAACAUCAACUAUGAUAAACGAAAUUAAAGUUCAUUAUUAAUCUUUCACAAUGUAUUUCAGCGGAAUUAUGUAUGAAAAAGAAACAAUUAUGAAUAAUAAUAGAAGAAAUACUUCAAAUGAGUUUUUCAUAAGUAAUGACACAAAAUAAAACAACAUUAGUUCAUAGUAGGUUAAUGAAAGAAAAACAAAUGAAGAAAAUAUUUAUCGAAUGUUUUUUUUAGGUGAAGCUUUAUUUGAAGUAGCACAGAAACUUUGGACAAGAUUCGUUUAAUGAAAAUUGGAAAUAACGGAUAAAAUUUAACAAGAAAUUCUGCAUGUUGCUUCAGUAAUCUUUUGAAAUUAAAAAGAAUUUUGAGAGAUUUGAUCUAAUCGAGUGAUCUUAUUUAAAGUAUUCAACAAUUAACUGCUGAUAUAACAAAUACUUUUAUGAUCAAGUCAUCUUCAUCAACUUCGAUUAACAAAAGUAAAACGUGAACAACUUCAAUUACAUCGAUCAACAAUUCUUGUAAAAAGAAAUGUUUUCCGCCCCACAAAAAUAUCAAGCACUUUUUUGGUUUAUUUAAAGGAUGCUUUAUCUUUAGUAGUCUUUGUUCAUGUUUCAAGUGUUCAAGAAAAUCUUGAUGACGAGUAUCGUCGAUUAGAACAAGUAGAAACAUCUUAAUCUUUUUUUUUUAUUAAAAACUUUUUCUUGUUUAUGCGAAGAAUGUCUUGCUAUUCAACAUGAUUUAUUACGUGAAUGUGAUUUAUGGAAUUUUGAUGAACUUGAUAAUAUCAAAAAAAUCACAUCGGAUGCGUCAACGAAUCGCUUACUCGACCAAGCAUUUAAGUUGAUAAGACAACUUUCAGAAACUAUAACUGAUUUAGCUGAUGAAUUAGUAUCGAUGUGCGGUAUAAAUUAUCUUCUAUCUUUCACAGACAUACAACGUAUUUUGGAUCAUGAUUUAACACUUGAAUUACUUUAUGCAUUAUCUGAAUAUGGUGAUCUAAAUGAAAAAAUUCAUGUUAAACCACAGCUAAUUCAACAAAAAAUGUCCAUAUUUUUAAUCCGUCAUGGUUAUAAUUGUUAUAAAAUGCGUUCAUGA